GUGACAAAGCACGUUGGGCCGGUAAUUGGUGGGGAGGAGUGAGAAAGAUCAUUUCGGCGAACUUGUUAAGACUGAAAUAGAAAAUCUAAGAGGUUGAGGAGACGGUCAGCUUUCAGCUUCACUACCGAAGUGCUCGGCUUGUUUCGAUCGGUCUUGCGUUGAGGCAGUUACAUUCUAACUUAAGUUGGUUCUGUCCGUACUUACAAAGACGUGUGCGUGUUACAAAUUCUUGCAGUUUUCUUGGAUAAAUGUGCCUUUGAAGUUCUGUUUGUGUCACAGUGUGAUUUUAGUGUGCGAAAAAUGUUUGUUUAAUUUGGUUCUACAAAGAUUUUUGAACUGGUGCGAAUAAGAAACCGGUCUGCAGAGGCCACACUAAUGGCGUCGAAGUUUACACGAAGCCGUCUCUUCCGGCAUCGACCCACACAAUGAUGCCUUCACGUUCAACGCCAAAUCUACAAUCGAACUCCAAAAAUCACGCACCCUCGAUCUACUCCUACCUUCAGAACCAGUCCGGACUAAGCUUCGCACCCGUCGUCACAGCACCCCCAGCUCGAGAUGACGAAUCUCCACCACCAGCACCACCUGUACGCGACUCAUCAAGCCUUAAGUCGAUCAAGUACGGUCCUGGACACGAAAAAUUUCCCUCGUGGCCCGUACCUGCAGCCGCCGAAACGCCACAGGUACUUAAAGGACCGCCGAGCGGGGGCUCGCACCGUUCCAAAUCGUGGACCGAUCACACCAACUAUCCAAAGGAAAAGGUCGUGACCUACACGCGACCAUACAUGAAACGACAGCAUUCUUCCAUGCAGCAGAAAUUGAAAACUGUCAUGGAAAAAUGUGAGAAGAUCACUCCGGAGAUGUACGAGUCCCGCCUUGAAAACCGGAAGGAUCAUUUGUACUUGCCUCACGUUGAUCGCGAGGGUAAGCCUCUAGGAGAUAUGGAGUACAUGGUGCCAUCGCCUCCCGAAAGGGAUAACAAUAAGACCCAGCUCACGCAAGCCGAUCUGGAGAAGUAUGUAAGGGCUUACGAAGACCCUACGAUCGAGAAGCUCUGCCAGUACAGCGACAACAUUAAAGGAUCUCUUUCGCAUUUAACGCAAGCCGAAUUAGAGCAAUACACCCGCAACUACGAAGACACAUUAAAUCAUCAACAUCAGAAGCAACCGUCUUACGCGCAAUCCGAAGGUUAUCACAGCUACGUAUCGAGUACGGAUUCGAGCUCGACUCCGUUUUUGGACAGACUUCGUCGUGACAGCGAGGCGGCUACAAACAGAUCACAAUCGUCUUUUACCUGGGAAGAAAUUAACGAGCAAGACAACACUGCGACAAGAUGGGAAGGUAGAGAUAGUGUAGUAACAAACAGUUCCGGUAGCGCAUCAUCCAGUGAGACACUUAAGUGGCAUGGCUCGAUGAGCGACGUUUCUGUUGCGAGCAGCUCCUGCACGCAUCCAGCAAACUCCCCAAGCUCGUCCAUAUCGAGACAAUUAAUCGCACAUAGCGCUCGAGUGCAGACACCCCAGAAACACCACUCCGAAAGCGUCCUGUAUAUGGGAAGCGACUCCCAGAACGGCUGGAAGGAUCAAGAGAAACGCAACAAUAAUACUAAUAAACUGAAACUAUUCCCUAUCAAUACCUACACAGUUGAGCCGUCAGAAUUGCAACAUGAACAGAAUGAGAGGUUGACAUCCCUCACCUCGCAGCAGUCGCUUUCAGUAGCGGACAGAGUCAACGAAUUAGAAAAACAACGAAAAUACUCCUACCUAGACCCCGAUAAAAAGCAUCGAAUUCCCGAUCCAACUUUGAAAGCCAUACAGAAGCGAGCCUUACUGUCAUUUUACGAGCGCCACCACCCCAAGAACAACUGGCGUUCAGAGCCACAACUGGCCCGAUCUCAGCCCACUCUUGCCUCAGUCCCCCAACCCCCACCGCGCGUCAAGCUCCAGUCACCCUCUCGAAGAGCGUCCUCCGCGUCGGACUACGCCUCGGGCACAAACUCGCGACGAAGCAGUUUCUCGUCCCGAGAUUCCAGAACCGCGGAAACGAAGAUGGCACCCCGCCACCAACAUAGUAACUCGUGCGGUAGCCUGUCGUCCGAUCUGCUAGGCCCAGUCAUUGUCGGUCCGUCGAUUUCGGUCGACGAUUGGAUCCCCGAACGACCACCGGAACGUCCGCCGAAAAACCCCCAGCUACGCAGCACUUUCCCGGCCCUAUUCCAAACGCCUAGACUGCCCAGUCCGGAUUUACCACCGCCGUCGCCGCCUCCAACGCUGGAGGACGAGGUUAUCAACAACGACGAACCGCUACCGCCGCCACCUCCGGAAUUACGAUCGGCCGACUGGUCCGGCAACCGUCAGUUUGCCGAACCGCAAGUGGAGACGAAGAGCAAGGAGAGCCCCAAAACCGAGCAGCUGUUGAGGGGUUACGCUGAACGGUCGAGCGUGCGCUACCCCGCCGUGCAAAAGGUGCACCUGAACGGGAAUAUUGCCGUCAGUCAGAAGGUGACGAGCAGCUCAUUGCAGCAGUACAGAGCGGAGCCCUUAAGGCCGAUUCAGAAGGGCGAGGAUUUGAAGUUGCCGGGCGACGAGAGAAGCGGGCAGAGGGCGUCGAUUGCCGAAAGUUUCUGCCGGGAUGCGCCCCCUCCGCUUCAGCCUAGGCAGAUGAGGAUUAAUCAAAGCAUGAGGGCGCGAAUUCCGGAUAAACGCCGGAGCGGUUCUCCUACACGCGGCGAGAUGGGUUCCAGAUCUCUAACCUACACAUUAAGUCAUUCCAAGGCGUCUUAUUUGGCGUCGCGUCGGGAGCGGGAACGUAUAGUUCCCGAUUCCGACACGGGCGUUUACAAACGGACAAUGUCGCCCAACGGCCACGCCUUGAGCAACGAAGCUAUAACGGAUUCUCCCAAGGUAAUCUCGAGGGAUUCUAAAUGGCCCCUGAACAGAUCGGGGAAGGAGGUUAUGAAUAACAAUACCAAUUUGAUACGAAGAGUUUCGAUGAAUGAUAAGUGUAAUAAGGCGAAUACGAUUUUAUCCCUUCAUACCGAAAAGGACGAGUACAAGAAACCCCCCGUGGUCCUUCCCGAUGUUCUUCCAGUGAAAGAAAAAAUUCUUCCGUAUAGGUCCCAGUAUCCCUUCCGGCCACCUCAACUCGAAAACGGCAUGCAACAAAAGCACGGGUCGCCACCCAAGUAUGAAAGCCCGCCCGCCUCUCCUAGUAAAAGUCCCUCGCGUAAUUCACCUUUUACGCCCUUACGUAGCACCCUCCUGUCCUCCCCUCUCAAGCCCCUAGUACUCGAAGACUCAGUUAGAACAUCGCCUCUAAGUUCCUCUAUCAAACCGAUAUCGCCAAUCAGAUCUUCGCCAAUGAUCUCAACCGCUACUAACACACCGUCGCCAUCAUCCCCUCCCGCAUCACCUAAGGUGUACUUCACUUCCUACCCAUCACCUCCACAAUCACCCAACGACAAAGAAGAGCACCCCGCCGUCGUCGAAGGCCUACAAAUGAUACAACGAACUGAAGUGAUACUUAGGGUUAACGUGUGCACAACCGACGCAGCCUCCCAGACUGAAAAAGACGAACUACCCCCCACCCCUCUCCCUACCCGCAGGAAACUCCAAGAGGAGAUUGAAUGCGAGAAAUUAUCCCAAGAUCUAAUUAAGCAAUUACCCCCAACGGAUAGACUUAAGGAGAUUCUACUUCCAGGACCUGAUUACAAAAAACCUACGGAUUACGUUAGCGGCCUUUUCCGACCGGAAAUCACCUCGCGCCCGAGGCCGCUCAACUCGCCCUUCCGAAGUAGGACCUCCACGCCAAAUUCUAGCCCGCCUCCGCCGUCAAUCAGCGUCAGUCCUCUUAUGAAAACCAGGUGCGUAAAUUGUAAUCAGUGCGAAGGUAGAUGCUUAUGUGGUACUUUCAGUGAUCAAUCUAUAAUUGAGCCCUCGAGCCCGUUGUCGCCAACGUCCACCUAUUUCACCACGUCUGAACCGAAAGCAAAAUUUUUAACCCGAUAUAGUCAAGAAUUUAGCAAUGUAAAAGAUACCAAAGAUCUAAAUUUAAAAAAGGAGGAGUUGGUCAAUCGGUUGGAUCGUAAGUUGGAAGUCCUCCGCGGUGAGCAGGUGGUUGUCUUCGAGGAGUGCAGGCUUAAUGACGAACUGGGCGAAAACGUCGACGUCCACAUGAAUAAGCUGGCGAGGCCGCAUGAGUACUCGAAGUUUUGUCUGCACGUCGAAGAGGUCGGCAAGAUUACAAGUUUGCUAUUAGGCUUAUGUGGGAGGUUAGCGCGUGCCGAGAAUGCCCUGAUGAGUAUGGACGAAAAUCAUGCGGAACGGAGAAUAUUGGAGGCGAAAAGGGAUAAACUGAAGGAUCAACUGGAGGAGGCGAAAAAGUUGAAGGAGAGCAUCGAUCGUCGAAGCGUGAACGUCUCCAACAUUCUUUGUAAAUACAUGAAUUCGGACGAGUACGCCGACUACGACCACUUCAUCAACAUGAAAGCGAAACUUAUAAUGGACGCGCGAGAAAUUGCGGACAAAAUCAAGCUGGGCGAAGAGCAGCUUCUCGCGCUGAAAGAGACCCUAAUGACAACAGACUGAAUUUUAUUGUAUAAAUCGUUCGAGUUUUAUCAAACGAGACUAGUCCGUUGUAUGUGCUUUCUUAGAUCUUCCUCCUGGAAAUUCUGGGACAUUCUGUAGAAUAAUUUUUUUCUUAUACAAUUACUGUAAGUUAUUUUAGAUUUUGGUACUUAAAAUUCGGGUGGUUUGAUACAUGUUUGUCGAACGUCGAGGGUGGCUUUUGGCAAACAUUUAUGAAGCAUCCGAAGUGUAGGGUAUACCUCGCAAUAUCUACUCGUAACAGCUUCUUACUUGUAGAUUUUUUGGCUGCUUUAAAGUCAGAUUGGUAGUCUCUUACCGUUUCACGAAACGAAUAAGAUGACUUGAUCAAAAUAAGCAGACAGGCUGUUAUUUUUUGUGCAUUUCAUUUUUAGUUAAAUGUAUUUAUAUUUAGGUAAGCGUGAACAUCUUCCUAAGAAGUAUUUAAUGAAUUUAGUUUAGUCUACAAAUCCAAAUUUUUUUUACAUUCGUGUUUUGGAGAUUUGUUCGUUGCUGGAGUAGACGUUUGUGUAUAUAUCGAUUAUGUUUAAAAUCGAAUAGAAUGGUGCUCUGGAAAAUUAUUUUUAA